AUGUGCGCUCGCGGGACUGGGGGUCGGGCGCGAGGCUCGGCCGCCACCGUCAGACCUGCAGCGUACGGACACCCCGGAAAUACUGGGGGCUCAGUCCUUCCUUGGAAGGCCCCCGUGAACGGCCAGCGACGGAGACCCAGCCCAGCUCCCAGAUCCCCCGCCCCGGCGCGUUCGUCCCGGCUGUCCCCGAGUGCCGCUCGACGACAAACCAGCCUGCUGCUGGGUGUGGCUGAGGGCUUCUGGGGCAUCUGGAAGCACCAGCUUCCUGCUUCUACCCAGUACCUAAGGGUUUACCUGGCUCUGCUGCUCCUGGAAGGGGACCCAGCACUUAUUGAGCACCUGCUGUUUGCCAGGUACCGUGCUGGGCCCUUUGGUGGUCUUCUGAGUCUGUGUGGUGUGGAUGGCGGUCUCAGCAGCGCGGAGGUGCAGGCUGUCGCCGAGGGCCGCUCUCCGGCCCUGGGGGGCAGCGCCCGGGCUGCCCAUUCGGAACCUGUGCGAAGUGGUGGGGGGGAUGGCGAGGGGGAGGCGGGGGAAGACGAGGCAGACCUGCUGGACACUUCGGACCCCCCGGGGAGAGGCGAGAGCACGGCUAGUUUGGAGGAUCUGGAGGACGACGGGACCCACUCUGGGGCAGAGGGUGGCAGCGGUGGAGCCCAGAGACGGGGCAGCGGCGGGGGCAGCGUGAGCAAGACCUGCCCCUACGAGGGCCACAGCCAGACCCCGAGCCAGACACCGAGCCAGGUGGCCAAGCAGCACAAGCCGUGGAUGUGCAAGAAGCACUGCAACAAGAUGUACAAGGAUAAGUACAAGAAGAAGAAAAGCGACCAGGCCCUGAACUGCGGUGGGGCCGCCCGGCCUGGCAGCGCAGGAACCGUCAAACUUGAGGAAAGUGCAGAUAAUAUACUCUCCACUGUUAGACAGAGAACAGGGUCUUUUGGGGAUCGACCUGCAAGACCUACUCUUUUAGAACAAGUGUUAAAUCAGAAAAGACGGUCAUUACUAAGAAGUCCAGAAGUGGUGCAGUUUUCACAGAAACGGCAACAACUACUAAAUCAGCAGGUUUGGGAGCAAAGACAACAGCAGUUUCCAGGAACAUCAGUGUGA